GCGGUUUGUCCCGCGACUAUCAUCAGCUAUAGUGCAUUCUCCCUCUUAGACCUACUUAUCGAAACGGUUCCGACACCUUGUCACAGCCAAUGGAUCUUUAUUCUGGAAGAAGCUUAUUGAACCCUUAAAGCAUGGCUUCCAGCGCAGAGUUGAAACACAUGGUAUCAAUCGGAACUCAUGUUUUCCAGUAUUUCUCGGUAUCGAUAAUAAGCUAAAAUAUUUUAGGGACGCAAGACUAAAUAGAAAUAUCUCUUUCUGUAUAAUUCUUGACCUGUCGCCCAACUACGUAUUAUUUGUGAAUUGGAUUACCUCGCACAAAACGUUCUUCAGUUUGAAUCCCCCAUAUAUUGCUCGUAGCUCAGCAUGCCAUCCUCUCAAGAACCUGAACAUCCAGUACUUGCCUACGUGGAUCUCAAUAAACACAUCAAAAACCGAGCCGUACAGCGUCAAGGCGUAGUUCACGAUUCACCCGUUAUCGAGGCUCUGAACAAUCUUUCCUCUCAUCCUUUUGUCUCUUUUACUCUCGAACCAUACUAUAGUGAAUGCGAGGUCACGGGUCCGGGGGAAACUUCCUUUGGUACUCUCGGCUGCCCAGACAUCGAUGCUAUCGGCUCAAAAAGCACACCCUCGUCUUUCGGGAAAGGAGACCAGACAGUCUUCGACCCGACAUAUCGCGAUGGCCACGAGAUCAAUGCAGGUGACAUCAUAUAUCCUCCGUACAGGUGCCCAUCACUCGACGACAUCGCUUCCCACCUGAAGGUCGCCCUGGGGGGAACUCUAUUCCUGCGUAAAGAGGUAGAAGUCAGGCUCUACAAGCUUGCACUGUACGAUAAGGGUGGACAUUUUGACUGGCACCGCGACUCGACGCACGGAGAUGACCACCACGCUACUGUUUUGGUUGCCCUCAACACGACCUGGAAAGGCGGUGCGCUUCAUCUCAGACAUGGUGGAGAGGAAGUGGUCAUCGACAUGCAGCCCAAAGUUAAAAAGGCUGACGAGGAAUCUCAGCCGGAAAUACAUCUCAAGGCAGCCGCUUUCUACACCGACGUCGAGCAUAAAGUCGAACCAGUGACAGAGGGAGUACGAAUUAUACUCCAAUACGAUGUUUUUGUUUCAGAAUUGUCACUACCGUCGACGCCCAACUCCGACACGGAGGACUCUAAACUGGAUAUGGUGGCAUUCCAUUCGAGCAUAAGGUGCGAUGAUCACGGCAACGAACUUCAAGCUACCUCUCGCUUCGCAAGCGAGGACUCCAUCUCAGCCCUCGUUGACGCCAUCCAAGAGAUCAUUUCUAGUGGUACGGAGGAAGUAGGCAUACCUCUCCGUUACCUCUAUCGUCAAGCCAGCAUUCGCGAGGAAUACCUCAAAGGCCUUGACGCCAUUAUCUACGCCAGACUUAGCGAAGUAUUCGACGUGGAGCUCGCUCCGGUCAUCCUGGAAGAAAAUUCCAUCGAAGGUAAAUGGACGGGGGAGGAGUUCUCGGUGUACAAAGCUUCGUCAGGCAACAAACACGAAGAGGGUGAGAGUCCAAGGAAGAGGGCGAGACGCCCCACCGAGUUUCAUCUGAGUGCUGUUUCGGAAAUCGUUGAGAUCAGUAGGACGGACUAUAUUGAACACACGGGUAAUGAAUCGCAGGAAGCUGACUGCAGAUAUUUUGGAGGUGGGAUGUUUCUCCGGGCGAAAAAUUCUGAGGCGUAAUAAUUCGUCUAUAUCGCCAGGCCAUUGCUGUUAUCUUUGUAUUUUCUCUUCAUUUCGUUCCUCCAAAAACAUGUAUCUUUACAGCGUCUGUAUUGAGAUCGAAGAUAUUUAACUAUACAUCCAUGAUGAU